AUGACAUUUCUUGAUUUUCGUUUUGUUCUUCAGACCUGUGCAUUAAUUUCAAAACAAUGGUUAUUCGAAACUAAUCAGUUAAGACUUUCCUAUAGAAUUAAAAAUCCAUUUUCACCACAAAGAGUUUUAGAUGUCAUGCAAAAGUCCAAUUCAAAAUAUAUCGAGAAUUUCACAAGCCUUCAUUUAUCAAAAACAAGUGAAAAUGUCCAAUUAGGAUAUUCUGGAAUGGAAUUGAUUUCUAAACUUUCCAAAAUUAGAAAGUUGGAAACUUUGGAAGUGGCACUCUCUAAAGUGAGCUCUUUCAGUUUUCAAAAGUUUUGCUCUCAAGAUAUUGUAAAGAAUUUGACACAUUUUAAUGUGAGUGGAAAUUACAUUGCAGAUGAGGGAAUUUAUGCGCUUUGUAACAGUGAAAAAAUGAAGAAUUUGAAAGUUUUGGAUGUUUCCAUGAAUAAGCUGACAGAUAAGUCUCUUGAAUAUAUUUCAGAGAGUCCGUUCAUUACUAAUUUGACAAUUUUGAGAAUUUCCACAAAUAGUAUUACCAAAAUUGGAAUGGAAUUUUUAUGUAAUUCUAAAAAUAUGACUAAUUUAAUUGAAAUAUCUAUAUUCAAUACGAAAAUAGGAGAUGAAGGAAUGAUUUUCUUGUCAAAAUGUGUAGGAAUGCCUAAUUUGACCUUUCUUGAUGCUUGUGAAUGUGAAAUUUCAACUGUUGGUGCUUUAGCAUUUGCUAAAAGUUCUCAUUUCCCAAAAUUGAAGAAACUAUUCUGGAGUAGAAAUCUUUUAAUUGGAAGCGAACCAAUUAUAGAGUUGACCAGAAAUCCACUCAUGAGAAAUUUAGAAAAUUUAAAUAUUUGUGAUAUUGGCAUUUGUGAUCUUGCAUUGAAAAGCAUUGCAGAAAGCGAAAACAUGCAAAAUUUAACUAGUUUAUCAUUGAACAAUAAUGAUAUUCAUGAAGAAGGAGUGCAAUCCUUAAUGUCAAGUGAGAAAAUGUCAAGAGUGAAAUUUCUUGAUAUUUGUUUGUCUCACAUGAGUGAAAAAAUAACUUCCCAGAUAGUUUCUGGCAAGUUUAUUAGAAAUAUUGUCAGAUUAGGAUUGUUUUUAAAUGGAGAAUCACAAUUCAAGCAAUUAUUUACUUGCACAAAUUUGGAAAGGUUGACAGCUUUGGAAACUCGUUUGUCAUCAACUGGUUGUCAGCUAUUAUGCAAGAGCCCCUUUAUAAACAACUUGACUCAAUUGAUAUUGGAUGAUCAUCCUAUUGGUUCUGCAGGUGCCUGUCAUAUUUCAAAUUGUGAAAAUCUCCAAAAUCUGACAGAGCUUGGUUUAUCCAAUUGUGAAAUCAAAGAUUUAGGUGUUAGACACAUUGCAUAUAGCACCAAUAUGAAUAACUUGAAUAGCCUCUCAUUGGUAUCCAACCAAAUUACUUUCACAGGAGUGGAACACAUCCACAGAACUAGUGAACUAAAAAGUUUGAGAACUUUGAUAAUUAACAAGAAUGAAUUGGGUUAUACUGCUCAGGGUUGGUUAGUAUCCAUAAAACGACUUGAAACAUUGCUAUACUAA